GUUUUGGUUAAAUUAAUAUCUGGGGUAGCUUCACGUGUUAUAGAUUUUACUUGAUGAUGACAUUUUGGGCCAAAAUCAUCCAUUCUCUUAACCCACUAAAACAUUUUAGGGUCAUGGGGUUGCUGGAGCCUGUCCUGGAUGCUGGGUGAAGGCGGGGUACACCCCGGACAGGUCACUGUUUUUGCCCCAGAAUCUGUUUCACAUUUUUAUUUUGUUAAUUUAUUGAACCAGUGUUUGAUGUUUUUCUUGGUAGACAUUGAUGUUUACCCCAGAUUAGCAGAAUUAUUAUUAUUUUUGUUUUGUUUUUACGCCUUUAUGUUUGGAUUUAAAUGUUUCAUCUGCAGUUGUUGAAACAAAUACUCCAGAAUCUGUUUCACACUUUUUGAAGAUUUGCUGUUCAUUCUAGGAUUUUAGAUUAUUAAUUUAAAUUACUUCCAUUAAAAAAAUUCAAACUCAACAGUAUGUCAAUCCAACAAUCAGAACUCCAGUAUGGAUUCAUAGCCUACUUAUGAUUAUUAUCUGCAGUGGUGUUCACAUGAAACCGUUUUCCCUUCUCGUGCUCUGCGCGCAUCCUGGAAGCUGAUUGGGGUGUGCCAUACACGCGCCCCUCGGACGCGCCCCCGCGCUUAACUCCCGUCCUGUUGCUCCUCAGAACAGGAUGAUCUCAGCCUGGAAGAGUCGGAGGUUUACUCCUCUCCCCGUCGUCCUGCUGACUCCCUCCUGAAUGACGUCGCGGCGCGCGCGGAGCGGAGACCAUAAAACCAGCGGGCGCUACGGGAGCGCGCAGAGCCGCACAGCGCGCGGGCCACUCUCGUUCCGUUUGGAUCCUCCCAGCUUCUUUACGCGUCACCCUGCCUCGUUUGAAGCUGCUUUGAGUUUAAAAGAAACUUUCUUAACGGGGUUCUGUUCCUGUUCUGAGGCUCCAUUACGCGCGCGCGUUCUUUUGGCCCCAUGGAGCCUUUCACGGUCCCCGGAGCUCAGCUGUCGCUGUCCGACCUGUACUCCGUUAUCCCCUACAACGUGACGCUCCCGGACGAGGGCGGCGGGCUGCAGAACUUGACCGAGCAGCGGCGGGCGGUGCGUGGCGCGGCGGGGAUGAUCAUAGCCGUGUCCAUCACUGCGCUCUACUCGCUCAUCUGCGUCGUGGGGCUGCUGGGAAACGUGCUCGUCAUGUACGGGGUGGUCAGAUACACCAAGAUGAAGACCGCUACAAACAUCUACAUCUUCAACUUGGCCCUGGCGGACGCCCUGGCCACCAGCACGCUGCCUUUUCAAAGUGCCAAAUACCUGAUGAACACCUGGCCCUUCGGACAGUUGCUGUGCAAAGUCGUUAUCGCCAUCGACUACUACAAUAUGUUCACCAGUAUCUUCACUCUGACCAUGAUGAGCGUGGAUCGCUACAUCGCCGUGUGCCAUCCAGUCAAGGCGCUGGGAUUUCGAACACCUGUCAAGGCUAAGAUGAUCAACAUUCUGAUCUGGAUCUUGUCAUCUGCAAUUGGCGUGCCUAUUAUGAUUAUGGCUGUGACCAAAGUGACAGAUACCGAUAAAACCACAUGUAUGCUGAGCUUUCCUGAUCCGGACUGGUACUGGGACACUGUCAUCAAGAUCUGCGUGUUCAUUUUUGCUUUUGUGGUUCCUGUAAUGGUCAUCACCCUCUGCUACGGCCUGAUGAUCCUGCGCCUAAGGAGUGUCCGCUUGCUCUCUGGCUCAAAGGAAAAAGAUCGGAACAUGCGUCGAAUCACUCGAAUGGUCCUUGUGGUGGUGGCCGCCUUCAUCAUCUGCUGGACCCCCAUCCACAUCUUUAUAAUUGUGAGGACCAUGGUGGAGGUUGACACCAGGAAUCCCUUUGUGGUCGCGAGCUGGCACCUGUGCAUCGCCUUAGGCUACACCAACAGCAGCCUGAACCCUGUCCUCUAUGCCUUCUUGGAUGAAAACUUUAAGAGAUGUUUUAGGGAUUUCUGCCUUCCGUGUCGGACCCGUGUGGAACAGAACAGUAUCAUCAGUGGCCGGCACACUACCAGGGAGCCGGUGUCCGUCUGUGCUCCGGCAGAGGUAGGAAGGAAGCCAGCAUGACUAGACAUGGACCGGAUCCCCAACAGUUCUCACCAGAGGAGGAUCCAUCAAGAUUUGCAAUCAGAGGUGACGCAGAUCUCUACAACAGAGUUUUAACGAUAGAUAAACCUCAAAGGACUUAAGAUGACUUGGAGUUUUUGGGUUGACGUGCCAGAAUAAAAAAAAAAAAAACGGAGCCUUUUUCGUUUUGCUUUUAAAGAUUGUCUGCUGCAGGAAGUGUGAUGCCACAGAUAGGUUGUUGCAGUAUUGAUCAAAAAGCAAGAUUAAGUCAGUGCAUUCCUAUGUGUUGUCAAAGACCAGGAAGAGUUUUUCAUGGAAAAAAGGACAGAUGUGGGGAUCUUCACAAGAAGACAGAUCUCAUAGAGCCACACACAGACUCUGUGGACUUCAGAAUCACGAACACUGAAAAUGUCAUUUAAAACUUGAUGCUUAUAUACUUCACAACUUUAAAUCCCAUCUUAGCAUGGUUUGCUGGAUUCCACGGAAAUGCUCGGAUUUUUAUGGGGAUCUUUUCUUGCCCCCAGGAAUGUCUAGAAACUGGAAACCUCUAAAGAAAAGUCCUGCCUUUUAGGUUUCUUUCAUCCACGGGGAAUCUGCUGGAUUAAAUGGGCAAGGUAGUAGUUCUCCAAAAAAAAUAAAAGCUUAGCUUUGCACUCGAAAGGAGGUGUAGGACAUUGUCGUAACAGUCAAAAAUCAAAGCAGAUGAAUGAAAAAUGCUCUUUUGUAAAUAAUUUAAAGCUUAUAGAAUUUCAACAAUGUUAUGUGCUUGUGUCUUUUUUUUUAAAGAUAUUUCAUGUUUUGUUGUCUAUUUUAAUAGGUAAUUAUUUCAAAUGUAUAAAGCAUGGAACAGAAAAUGCUUAACUGAUUAGAAAUGGACUUUUUUCUCAUAUUUAUAGACUGUGUUUGCAGUGACUGAGGACUUUCUUCUGCAAAGUGAGAUCAAAUCUAAUUGUUGCAUCAAGUGUGUGCAGCAGUGGAGGGAUAUUUUUGCUGUAUAAAUCGCUUGUGCAUAUUUUUGUAAAUGACUGUGGCAUAAAUGUUCUGCUUUGUGAAGAGAAAGUGUUGGUUGUUUGAAAAUGUCGAUUAACUGUCUGUAUUUUUGCAAACUAAAAUAAAGUGAUGAUGGAG